GAAAAUUCCAUUUUCUGUUCUUACACUGGCAGCUGAGAGAAGCACGGAACACUGGGAGGGACAUCUAGAAAGCAGAAGAGGCCGGGGAAGGGAAAGAGGUGGGGACGCCAAAGGUGCAUGCGCUCUGCCUCCGCAUUGUCUGGGCUGGUUGUGCGGCAGUGGUCGCAGGAGUCGUCGCCAACGGGGACACACACACAGACACACACACAGACACACACAGUCGCAAGUGAUUGAAUAGGUUAGUAGUGUGUUACGUUGCGCAGCUCACACCACUGUCCGAUGCUUUGUUCCUCGUUAGAAAAAGUAGCAGCCUCACUAGUCUGUCGUUUGCUGCAACGCUCGCUGGUGGAACUGCGGGUGGUAGAACAGCUGUGCAGGAGGAUGUAGCGGUUGAGUGUUGGGACCCAGGGGCUUUAAUGGAUGAUGAUCCAGAGUUGGUUGAUUAUGCGGAGAAGAGUGGAGUUAGUUAGCCGAAGUGUGAGUGCACAGGGAUAGUGUGAAGGGCCGGGGCGCACUGGGCUGGUCCCCAGGGAAUACUAGUGUGUGAGAGUUCAUGUGUGCUUGUUGAUGUGAUGGGACGUCGUAGCUCAGUGUAGUCCAGAGUGGAGCAGGUUUUUGUACAUUUUGUGUGCCAGCGGUUGGCCAUCCCUAUCUGAGCUAGUGCCGAAGAGGAACAAGAUUUGAGGUUACGGGUUACUUCGAACUUGACGAGGUUGUGAGUGCGUGUAUGUGAGUAAAGAAGCUGACUUUUGGUGGUAUGUGGAACAAGGGUUUUGAAAGUGGAAUAAGUGGAUGCAGGUUUGGGACACUAUCGAUUUGAUCAGAUGGUGAAACGUUACACAGCUUAUGCGGCUGCCUACCACUAUCCGCGAGGAGCAGGUUGAUGUUGCUCCCGUGAGCAAGAAGUUUGUCGCGUGGCGAUCGGAAGGGCAGGUUUAGCAGCAUCCGCAUGUUGGAAAGUAGAAAGCAGGCGUGUUGGGCGAGUGAGAUCAUUGAGAUUGUGGCGUGAGUCCUUCAGCUGGAUAGAUUGGUGGAAACCGGAUCAGGGGGGAGGGGAGAGGAGAGUCGGGGAGAGGUGAAGGCUGCUCCCAACAGUGUCUCACAAGCUGAGUUUCUCUGCUUGCGCUCAAUGGACUUCUCGCUCAGUUUCGUGGCCACCACCACGCGCUUAGAUUCCCCGAGUGCGUGCUCUCAAGGUUGACGUAAGAGCUAGGUAGUCUGUCGAGCCGAUUCCUUGUCAAUGCACACUAUGAGCUCACCCAACUCGCCAGGGUCGCUGUCGCCCAACAACCACCUGAGUAGUUCGAAGCACUGUCGAUCAGCCUCUGAAAUGGACUUGGAAGAUAGACGCGGCGGUGGUCCACUCAAAAUGGCUCGAACUGAUUCCUUUCAUCGCCAGUCCGACCUUAAGAUGCACAUGAAUGGAAGCCCCAGUGGAACCAUGGUGCUUAGCAGUAGCAUGGUUUCCGACGGUAGGCUUGGGUGUUCACCUACCAACUCUUGCGCCUCUGAUGGGUCGCUCCUGGGCAAUGACCACGGGAAUGUCGUCUCCGACGCCAGACUUCUGAGACAAGAUUCUCUGGUCUCGGCUUCUACAUACUCUGGAGGUCAAGGUUGUGGAAGACCUCUCUCUUAUCACCACCUGCAGUCUUCUGCAUACCACUACAAGCCUUCAGGCGGUGGUCUAUCAAUGGGGAGGGAAAAUAUGAACCACAUGGGUCAAUCUGUACACAAUCCAGUUAGCGGAGCCCGUGCUCCCUUCACCACUAGUCAGUGGGCAGAAUUAGAGCAUCAAGCACUUAUCUUCAAAUACAUGAUGGCAGGUGUUAACGUGCCGCAGGAGCUUCUGAACCCGAUUCGCAAGAGUGUUGCGACAAUGAAUAGUUUAUCCAGUCAUCACACCACCAAUCUGGUAUGGGGAGCCUUUCACUUGGGUGUCCCCAACAACACAGAUCCAGAACCAGGACGUUGCCGGAGAACUGAUGGGAAGAAGUGGCGUUGCGCCCGGGACGUCGUCCCUGAUCAGAAGUACUGUGAACGUCACAUGCACCGUGGCCGUCACCGUUCUCGCAGACCAGCGGAAGGUCAGACUUCAUCUGCCUCACAAUCAGGCUCCGCUACGUCCUCUGGACCCCAACCCGCCAUUGCUGUGGGCGCCUCUCGCACUUCCACGCCCACUCCGGGCUCCAGCUUGACUCACAGCAACCUGAGGCCAUCGAUAUUGUCAGGGAACUCGCAAUCCACGCCUAACUUAGGCGGUGGUGGAAUGGGUUACAACAGCCCUGGUGGCUCCGGAGGCUUGUCCGGAGGAUCUUCUCCUGCCGCAUCUUCCGGUCAGUUUCAGCUUCCGGGUCUCUCCUCGGCCGCUGGCACUUCAGGCCUGACCAGUAAAGACUACAGGUACAUGAAUGGGAUGACUGUGAAGUCUGAGAUGGGCAUGGGCCCAGAACAGAUACUUUUCUCGGAGGCAUCUGGGAGCACUCGGGGGCUUAGUCAGGAAGCACAGUCAUUGAGCAAUUUAUCCAGGUUGAAUACCACAAUGAACAAAUCUUGGCAAACAAUGACUUCAUCCAAGGUACUGCCCGCCGCGCAGCCCAAGGGUAGCGGUAACAGCUCCCUUCUGAGCUAUAACAGUUCUCAGAUGGGAGGACUUCUGGGCCAGGAAUUCGGCUUGAUGCCGGAGGCUAGCCAGGUAAAUCUAGCAGCAAUGGCAGCCUCUCAACAGCAGCAUUCAUUUCUGAGCAACGGAUAUGGUGGGGUGGAAUCGACCAGCGUAGGGCGGGAGUCGAGCGAGGGGCAGCCACUGCGACACUUCUUCGAUGACUGGCCGCGCUCACGGGAUCCGAGUGCCUUGGCGUGGGGGUCGGAUGUGGAAGAUUCAGACCGCACCACUAGCGCGGGCCGAGGAGGCCAGAGCAAUCACACGAGCAAUAACACGCAGCUUUCGAUCUCCAUCCCCAUGACCGCUGCACCGUCGGGUGAUUUCAACUCGCAGAGCAGCGGCGGCAGCCCAUCCCGAGGCAAGUUAUCUCUCUCACCCUUGAAGCUCUCGAUUUCCAGGGCGGGGGAUGCGUCAUCUGACAUAGGGGUUGGGUCUGGAAACGUUUGGGUUGAGUGUCACUAUGACCGUCACCGGCACACCACCUGGGAUUCCAUUUCAUGGAAACCCACAUUGGUCGGUGGCCCUCUGGCUGAGGUUCAGCAGUCGGGUAGUAAUAAUCUGAUUGUGGGCGGUGGCGGUGGCGGCGGUGUUGGUGGUGAUGGUUCAGAUCUCAACCUCCUCGCCGAUGAGUGGUUCAAUUACCAUUGCAAAAAGUCAUCGUUCUCUGUUCAAAUUCUACCGUCCGACCACGUUGCUUCCCCUGUCGACGUUCUUCAGAGAUCCACUUUUGCUUCACCUUAUGAUUCUAGUUGUAGUAAUAGUAGCGCUAGCAGUCCACGCAGCACUGUUCCCUUGGACCCAGCUUCUGUGACCUCCGAAUCCAAGACUGUUUAACCUUUUGAGCUCUGCUCAGAGUAUACAUAUAAUGUUUUUGGCAUGGACGGAGGGAAACAUUUUUAUAUGCCAAGGGAGUGGGAAAGUUGAUGACAGCUAUGGCUGGGCGUUCGACCAUCGCCGUGCUACUAUCAUUGGAAGCACUUUAUAAUAUUGGAAAAGAGGAUUUAUAUAAUGACAUGGAGGAUUGAUUUUCGUUAAUGGAAAGAUUGGAAGAUAUUUUUAGCUCAAAUAAGUAGAAUGUUAGCAAUGUAAGAGCGAAGGACAUCACUGCUCUUGGCUGAGUUACGCAUAGUACAGUUGGGUACCAAUCUGCUGCCCUGGCAGAAGACAAUGAACUUUUGGGGGGGGGGGAUCCUGCUGGUUAGCGGGGGGACCUCUCUGUGAAAAUGUGGAGGGAAUGUGGGGCUGUAGAAGUGAGUGGAUGAGAAAGUGUUGCGCUUUGCAACGUUGUAUUCACCAUCAUGUUGGGCCUGCAGGAUCAGGUUGAGUCUCAGUUCAAGUUCGUCACAAUGAGUCGGUGAAGCCAACCUGCCAACAGGCAGUGAGUGAGUGGCUUUGUGCGGCUGCCUCAAUUUUUCCUUUGAUUUGAUCAUCUACUGCGGUUGGGUCUUAUGCCAUUUGGGAGCCCCAGAUUAUACCUCGCGGCAACCUUGUAUUCCAGGGUGAAUAUACUCUUGGUUGCGAUUGACAGCACUGUUUGGACUCCGGUAUACUCUGAUCAAGGCCUGAGUCGAGAUGGAGAUCUUCGUUCUGCUGGAUCGUUGAUCCAAAUUUUGAGCAUCUGUGCAUGCUUUGCCCGCUGCACAGGAGCUGCGCCAACCUUCUUUUACUUCUGCGCCGUGCCAUUAGUUCAUGUUUUCUUAAUCUGCAGGCAUCUUCUUCUCACUAUAAAUUUGUUUGCCGCCUACAUGACUCUGUAUGCGGCGUUUUCAUUAGAAUCAUCGUCAUCCUCUCCUCCUCUUAGCUGGCUUUUGGGUUAUGAUGGACGACCCCCCCCCCCCCCGAAGUGGACGGCAGCAUUAUCAUCUUGGUUUGUCUUCACACGCAGUUGGACCUCGUGGCCCGGUGCAUGUCCCAAUCAAGGCGCAAGUUGUAUACUACAUCUGACCACCACGGCGUCACUUUGCAAACUCAUCUGUACUAUGACUGCUCUUGGACAAGACAUUUUUGAGAAAUCUUUAAUCCUCUUUCGUAUAGAGGUUCCCCACC